AAAUAAUUAAAUUGGGAAAUGUUAAGUCUUUUCAAUAUCUGUUUUAUUUGUUUGAAAAACAACAGAAAAAAGGAAGUUAUAUCUAUAUUAUAUUUAAAUUAUAACAGAAAUAUGUAAUUAUAUCAGUUAGUUUCAUAUUUUUCAUCGUUUACAUCUAUAUUUUUAAAUAGAAACCGGACUUUAAUCAACCCCUACAUUUCGGCGAAAUACUAAAUGUAAAAAAUUGACGCGCUUGACAUGCAACUUUUUUCUUCAGUAUGAAGAAUUGAUAAUUUUUUAUAUUAUAUCGUUGUAUGUUCCUGCUUAAUAAAUUAAUCAACAAUGAAUAAGAUGCCAAGGUACCCUUCAGAUUGUAAAGUCUAUGUAGGAAACUUAGGAAAUGGUGCAACAAGACGAGAAUUGGAAGAUGCUUUCUCUUAUUAUGGAUCUUUAAGGAAUGUAUGGGUAGCUAGAAACCCACCUGGAUUUGCUUUUGUGGAAUUUGAAGAUGCUAGAGAUGCAGAAGAUGCAAUAAGAGGACUUGAUGGGAGAACUAUAUGUGGAAGACGAGCUCGUGUGGAAGCAUCUAAUGGGAGAAGAUUAAGAGAUAGAAGUUAUUUCAGAAGAGGUGUAGGCAAACUAUUUCAUCCUGAAGAUAGGUGUUACGAAUGUGGUGAAAGAGGUCACUAUGCUAGAAAUUGUCAACGACAUAGAAAUACUCGUAAGAAAAGAUCCCACUCCAGGUCUUAUUCACGGUCAAAAUCGCAAUCAAGGUCACGGUCUCGCUCACGUUCGAGGUCAAGAUCAAGAAGCAAGCAUUCACGAUCAUCAUCUCGUAGCCGUUCUCAUAGUAGAAGCGAUUAUACUAAAGAGAAACUUUGUAAUAAACGGCGAUCUGAUUCUAGAGAUCAUAGUCCGCCAAAUCCAAAUCUGUUUCUAGAUAUCACAGCAAAUAAAACGAUGUAUAUUCUUUAUUUGAUAUGUGUAUGACCAUCAUUUUUUAUGUUAUUUUAUCAAUUAAGCUCUGUUGUGGCAAAAUUUUUCUAGCCUUUCGAAAUAUGUACAUAUUUGAAGAUACCUGUGAUACUUCUUAGCACAAAAGUGCUACUUUAAAUAAUUAAGAUAUUAAUGUACACUUCAAACAUUUCUAGAACAAUCUGUUUAAUUUUUUGGUAGAAAAUUUUAGUCAGUAAAUAUUUAUACAGUGAUGGACUAGAGAUGGAGAAAACAUUAUUAUUAAUAUUACUAUACAUUUAUAGUUUCUAUAUUUUUUAAAUGUUCAAGGUGUAUAUGUGUGUAUACACACACACACACACAUAUUCAUGGUCCUAAGUGCAUCUGGAUCAGUCUGUAUCACUAUUUAACAUUUUAGUUUAUGGCCACACUAUAUUUCUUUCAUGAACAAUACAUUUGUUGUAAUUUAAAUCAUAUAUUGCUUCCUAAAAUCUCCUUCACAUUAUAAUAACAAAAAUAGAAUCAUCACAAUAAAUUGAUUACAUACUCUUAAAUGUAAGAUAUUGCACACAGGGCUAGUAGAAUUUUUAUAUAAUUUAUGUAUACAAGAAAAUGUUGGAUAUACUAAGAAAUAUUUGCAGUCUUAAGAGAUCUAGAUAUAUGGAAUAUAUACUUACAAUAUUUGGCAGAAAGUGAGAGGUCGUUUUAGGAAGUAAAGCAAAAUUAUAGUUAGGAGAUUAGUAACAAAAAAAAAGAAUAUAUAUACAUGUAUACGUAUGCAAAUCCUAUUUACACAAUUUUAAACAAGAACCUAAAAAUGAGGUUUUUACAUAAAAUUAAAAUAAAUGUGACUCUCAUGGA